AUGUUUGUUCCUCGUUUGCCCUUUCCAGAGAUAAGCUCAAGUCCGAGUUUCCAGCAGCGGCAGGAGGUGAUUAGGCAAAUCAGAGCUGCCAUAAAAGGUUCUUGGGACGACGUUGUGAAAAUAUACGAGGCACAACGCGAUGUGGCUCACAAGGCCAAGAUCACCAAGAUGGGGUACACGGCACUGCACAUUGCGGUUUCCGAUGGCGAAGAGGACAUCGUUGAGAAACUUGUAAAAACAGUUUCCAAUGUGCCUGGAGCUCUCGAAGUCAAGAACAACGCAGGCAAUACACCUCUCCACAUUGCAGCAGCAACGGGAAAUAUACGAAUGUGUAGGCGCAUUGUCGGAUCAAUCGAAAGAGGUUCGCAAUUGGUCAAGAUUCAGAAUAACGACGGAGAAACUCCUCUCUUCAUGGCUGCUCUACAUGGCAAAAAGGACACUUUCCUCUAUCUGAAUUCUUUGGUGUAUUUGGACGAGAAUAUUUCUAGCCCUUAUGUUAGGAGGACAAGCGAUGGCAAUACAAUUCUGCAUUGUGCAAUAGAGGGGGAGUACCUUGAUUUGGCAUUUCAGAGAAUCCAUCUCUACAAGGCUGAUCUUGUUAAUUCUGUCAAUGAGGAAGGGAUUACCCCUCUUCAUGUUUUAGCAACUAAGCCUUCAGCCUUCAGAAGUGGUUGCAAGCUUGGUCCAUGGAGAGGAAUAAUUUAUGAAUUGAUCAAGGAGAAUGAAAAUAAAGAAUCCUCGAAAAUAAAGAAAGAAACAGCUUUACUAAUUGCCGCAAAAAAUGGUAUCACAGAAAUGGUGCAGAGAAUCCUCGAAAACUUUCCUAUGGCCUUAUAUGAUGAGGAUGAAAAUAAGAAGAAAGUUGUGCUGUUGGCGGUAGAGAACCGUCAAGCGGAAGUGUAUAAGCUUUUGUUGGAUAAACAUUCGCAAAAUGAAAGUGUGUUUCGGAAGGUUGAUAGUGAUGGUAAUGGUGUAUUGCAUCUCGCCGCAACUAAAGGAGACCAUAAGCCCUGGCCAGUCCCUGGGGAUGCCUUGCAAAUGCAAUGGGAAAUCAAAUGGAAGAAG